AGCUUAGCUAUAAAUACAAGUCUGUACCAGCUACAGGAUGAUAUUUUAGGUUCGAAGGAAGCUGAAAACAAACGCCAAAGAAAAGAAGCAAAUCAACUCAUAUUCGAUUCCAAAUUCCGAACGCCAUGGCCACCGAUAAGACUGAGAGUGGAGAACUGAAGCGGCUGGGUUUUGUGAGGGUCGCGGCGAUUCAAGCGCUGGUGUGCGUGUCGAAUCUGUACGACUACGCGAAACAGAACUCGGGGCCUCUGCGAUCUGCAGUUGGGACUGUUGAGGGUGUUGUCACCACCGUCGUCAGUCCAGUCUACGACAAACUCAAGGGCGUUCCGGACGAUCUCCUUGUUUUUCUCGACAAAAAGGUAGACGAAGCUACACACAAGUUUGAUAAGCAUGCGCCACCGUUGGCUAAGCAGAUCGUUAACAAAGCUCAUUAUUUGACGCUUAAGGCAACGGAGAAGACUCAGAAAUUUGUAAACGAUGCACGAACAGAAGGCCCUCGUGCGGCUGUGAGCCAUGCUGCGACGGAUUACAAGCACUUUGUGAUGGAUCGGACAGUGAAUCUUUGGGUUGCAGUAAACAGGUACCCGGCCAUUCACCAGGUGGCAGAGAAGGCGGCGCCAACGGCGGCACAGUGGUCGGAGAAGUACAACCAUACUGUGAAGAAUUUGACGCAGAAGGGUUAUGCUGUGUUUGGGUAUUUGCCAUUGGUUCCUGUGGAUGAGAUAACGAAGGCGUUCAAGCAGGGUGAGACAGGAAAGAAAGUAGAGCCGCCUGUUGAUUCAAAGGAGCAUAAAUCAGAUUCAGAUUCAUCUGAUUCUGAUUGAGCUGUUUUGUUUAGUGUGUAAGUUUAUUAUGGUAAUAUGGAAAUGGUUUCUCUUUCGACUUUGUAAAUGAUUUCUAAGUGAACUUAUGAACUCUUUGGUUUCUGAAUGAAUGAAUGUGUGUAGGAUAUACAAUUUUCUAUGUAA